UUGGCGAUCCAUUGAGAGGAGGGUUUGGAAAAGUGGCUCCUUUGUGACAGCUCUCGCCAGAUUGGGGGGCUGCUCAUUUGCAUCUCAUUAGCCAUGCGGGCGGCCGGCGGGAUAUAAGGGCGGCCGGCGCCGGCGAGCGCAGACCUCGGCGCGCACCCGCGGAGAGCGGCCGGGCCGAGCGCGCACCGGACGCGCAGCCGUGGCGCGGCGUCUCCGCUCGCCACCCGCCGCCCUGUGCCGGGACCCCGUGCUGUUUAUGUGGAUGGCACCGGCUGGGUCCUUCGGGGAGACGCGUGUCUGCGCGGGGGCGCGGGACACACGAGUCCGGGACGCUCCCGGCACGCACGCCGCCGCCGAGUGACACGGGCCCGAGCCGCAGGGCGCGCCGCGCACACUCGCCGCCGCCGGGGUCCCUGCGCGCGCUCCGCGGGGCCCGGGAUUAUCGCCUCGCCGGUGGGAUUUCCAGACCUCGGCUCUCUAAUCGGACUCGGAGGAAGCUCUUUGGGAAUUAAGCUGAAAAUCUGGACGCUUCCUCCCCUCCCCCCCCCUUUUUUUUUCCUGGGAAGAAGCUUGAGACAAAACCAGGAAGCCAACGACCCCUACCUACUGGUGGACUGGAAGAAAGGAGGAAAACCGAAAGUUGCGGCUCCAUCAGCAGGCUCAGAGCCAGCCCCUUUGCUCGUGCACCCCCAGAGCGCCGUCACCCGCGCAGGGCGGAUCUGGACGACCGCAGCCCCCGAAAGAGGAGACACGGGCUCCGGAAGAAAGGAGCCCUGAUCACCCCGGCCCGCGGCGGAGCGGCGGCGCUUCUCUGUCCACGCUCCUGGGGGGCCACGGCCACCCUCGGGCACCCCCCGCAGUUCUAGGGCCCGAAGGCGGGGGCGCAGGGGAGCUCGAGCGCGUCCAGCGGUGCACCAUGGGCCGCCGGUGCGCCCUGGCCCUCGCCGUGGUGUCGGCCCUGCUGUGCCAGGUCUGGACCUCCGGGGUGUUCGAGCUGAAGCUUCAGGAGUUCGUCAACAAGAAGGGGCUGCUGGGAAACCGCAACUGCUGCCGCGGGGGCGCGGGGCCGCCGCCGUGCGCCUGCAGGACCUUCUUCCGCGUGUGCCUCAAGCACUAUCAGGCCAGCGUGUCUCCUGAGCCACCCUGUACCUACGGCAGCGCCGUCACGCCGGUGCUGGGCGUGGACUCCUUCAGCCUGCCCGACGGCGCGGGCGCCGACCCCGCCUUUAGCAACCCCAUCCGCUUCCCCUUCGGCUUUACCUGGCCGGGCACCUUUUCGCUGAUCAUUGAAGCCCUUCACACAGAUUCUCCUGAUGACCUCACAACAGGUAAAAACAAAUCAAAGAACUCCAAAACCAAGUCAACAGCUUCCCCAGUCAGUACGUACUUGACCUCUUGUCUCCACCAGAAAUCAGCUUCUGUGCUUACAUUCUGCAAACUCCUGCAGGAGGCUCUGGGUGGAGGGCCUAUGGCCUCCUCCCCUGCAUCACACGUCAGUUCUACUUCCCCCAGUGCCCCAAGCUUCUGGGUUCUUGGUCAGAACCAACGGGAGCACCGUCUUCCCACAGAAAACCCAGAAAGACUCAUCAGCCGCCUGGCCACGCAGAGGCACCUGACUGUGGGCGAGGAGUGGUCUCAGGACCUGCACAGCAGCGGCCGAACAGACCUCAAGUAUUCCUACCGCUUUGUGUGUGACGAGCACUACUACGGGGACGGCUGCUCCGUCUUCUGUCGCCCCCGAGACGACGCCUUCGGCCACUUCACCUGCGGGGAGAGGGGGGAAAAAGUCUGCGAUCCUGGCUGGAAAGGCCAGUACUGCACUGAACCAAUCUGCUUGCCAGGAUGCGACGAGCUGCAUGGGUUUUGUGACAAGCCAGGGGAGUGCAAGUGCAGAGUGGGCUGGCAGAGCCGGUACUGUGACCAGUGCAUCCGGUACCCAGGCUGCCUCCACGGCACCUGCCAGCAGCCCUGGCAGUGCAACUGCCAGGAGGGCUGGGGUGGCCUCUUCUGCAACCAGGACCUGAACUACUGCACACACCACAAGCCCUGCAGGAACGGGGCCACCUGCACUAACACGGGCCAGGGAAGUUACACCUGCUCUUGCCGGCCGGGGUACUCAGGGGCCAACUGUGAGACGGAGAUCGACGAGUGUGGCGCCAGCCCCUGCAGGAAUGGAGGCAGCUGCACGGAUCUUGAGAAUGGCUACUCUUGCACGUGCCCACCCGGCUUCUACGGCAGAAUCUGUGAGCUGAGUGCCAUGGCGUGUGCCGACGGCCCCUGCUUCAACGGGGGACGGUGCUCAGACAACCCCGAAGGAGGGUACACCUGCCGCUGCCCCCUGGGCUUCUCCGGCUUUAACUGUGAGAAGAAGGUGGAUUCCUGCAGCUCUUCACCCUGUUCUCAUGGUGCACAGUGUGUGGACCUUGGUGAUGCUUACCUGUGCCGCUGCCAGGCUGGCUUCUCCGGGAGGCGCUGCGAAGACAACGUGGAUGAUUGUGCCUCCUCCCCGUGUGCCAACGGGGGCACCUGCCGGGACGGCGUGAACGAGUACUCCUGCACCUGUCCCCCAGGUUACACAGGCAGGAACUGCAGUGCCCCUGUCAGCAGGUGUGAGCACGCGCCCUGCCACAACGGGGCCACCUGCCACGAGAGGGACCGGCGUUACCUGUGUGAGUGCGCCCGGGGCUACGGGGGCCCCAACUGCCAGUUCUUGCUGCCUGAGCCGCCCCCAGGCCCGGCGGUGGUGGUGGACCUCACCGAGAAGUACGUGGAGGGCCAGGCCGGGCCCUUCCCCUGGGUGGCCGUCUGUGCCGGCGUGGUGCUUGUCCUCAUGCUGCUGCUGGGCUGUGCCGCCGCCGUGGUCUGCGUGCGGCUCAGGCUGCAGAAGGACCGGCCCCCUGCCGAGCCCUGCCGUGGGGAGGCGGAGACGAUGAACAACCUGGCCAACUGCCAGCGCGAGAAGGACAUCUGUGUCAGCGUCAUCGGGGCCACGCAGAUCAAGAACACCAACAAGAAGGUUGACUUCCACGGGGACCACGGGGCUGAUAAGAACGGUCUCAAGGCCCGCUACCCUGCUGUGGAUUAUAACCUAGUGCAGGACCUCAAGGGCGACGCUGCGGCCGCCGCCAGGGACCCCCAUGGCAAGCGUGACGCCAAGGGCCAGCCCCAGGGCUCUGCAGGGGAGGAGAAGAGCACCCCGACGCUCAGGGGUGGAGAAGCACCUGAAAGAAAAAGACCAGACUCCGUGUAUUCUACUUCAAAAGACACAAAGUACCAGUCAGUGUACGUCAUAUCGGAGGAGAAAGACGAGUGCGUCAUAGCGACCGAGGUGUGAAAUGGAAGUGAUACGGCAAAGUUCCCGUUUCUCUUAAAUUAAAUAAAAUUCCAAGGAUAUAUGCCCCAGUGGAUGCUGCUUGAAAGAGGAAAGGGAGACCCACGGACUGCUGCUGAGGAACCGAUCCGGACCCAGCCGGCUCUCCCUUCCGAGGCCAGCUGGGGACGCGGCGUGGCUGCAGCUCGGCGGCGGCCAAGGGGCCUGUUGCACUGCCUUCUAGGACGUUCCCAUUGCACUAUGGACAGUUGGCUUUUAAAAAAUAUAUAUUUAAAUGAAUGGACUUAAUUACUACGUGAGAAGCAUGCACUGCCUGAAGUGUAUAUUUUGGGUUCUCAUGAGCCGGUCUUUUCUUGAAUUAGAAUCACAAACACUGCCUUUAUCGUCCUUUUUGAUACUAAAAUGUGUUUUUUCUAGGUGGAAAAAAAAUGUGUGUUAUUUUUUUGGACUUGUAAAAAUAUUUUUCAUGAUAUCUGUAAAGCUUGAGUAUUUUGUGAUGUUCAUUUUUUAUAAUUUAAAUCUUUGGUAAAUAUGUACAAAGGCACUUCGGGUCUAUGUGACUAUAUUUUUUUGUAUAUAAAUGUAUUUAUGGAAUAUUGUGCAAAUGUUAUUUGAGUUUUUUACUGUUUUGUUAAUGAAG